AUGCAGCCCCCCCGCCUGCUGCUCCUGCUCGGCCUGCUGGCCGCGCCCGCCGCCGCGCUCAUCAGAAUCCCGCUGCACAAGUUCACGUCCAUCCGCCGGACCAUGUCGGAGAUGGGAGGUCCCGUGGAAAAACUCAUCGCCCAGGGCUCCCUUUCCAAAUACGCCCUGGGGGUGCCCGCGGUGACCGGGGGGCCCGUCCCCGAGGUGCUCAAGAACUACAUGGACGCCCAGUACUACGGGGAGAUCGGCAUCGGGACGCCCCCACAGUGUUUCACUGUCGUCUUCGACACCGGCUCCUCCAACCUGUGGGUCCCGUCCAUCCACUGCAAGCUGCUGGACAUCGCCUGCUGGAUCCACCACAAGUACAACAGCGGGAAGUCCAGCACCUACGUGGAGAACGGCACCACCUUCGCCAUCCACUACGGCUCGGGCAGCCUCUCGGGGUACCUGAGCCAGGACACCGUGUCGGUGCCCUGUAACUCGGGCAAGGCGGGCCCGGGUGGCGUCAAGGUGGAGCGGCAGGUCUUCGGCGAGGCCACCAAGCAGCCGGGCAUCACCUUCAUCGCGGCCAAGUUCGACGGCAUCCUGGGCAUGGCCUACCCCGGCAUCUCGGUCAACCACGUGGUGCCGGUCUUCGACAACCUGAUGCAGCAGAAGCUGGUGGAGAAGAACAUCUUCUCCUUCUACCUCAACAGGGACCCGACUGCACAGCCAGGGGGUGAGCUGAUGCUGGGCGGCACUGACUCCAAGUACUACAAAGGCCCCCUCUCCUACCUCAACGUCACCCGCAAAGCCUACUGGCAGGUCCACAUGGAGCAGGUCGACGUGGGCAGCGGCCUGACCCUGUGCAAGGAGGGCUGUGAGGCCAUUGUGGACACGGGCACCUCUCUCAUCGUGGGCCCCGUGGACGAGGUGCGGGAGCUGCAGAAGGCCAUCGGGGCCGUGCCGCUCAUCCAGGGAGAGUACAUCAUCCCCUGUGAGAAGGUGUCCAGCCUGCCCGAGGUCACCCUGAAGCUGGGGGGCAAAGGCUACAAGCUGCGUGCGGAGGACUACACGCUCAAGGUGUCCCAGGGCGGGAAGACCAUCUGCCUCAGCGGCUUCAUGGGCAUGGACAUCCCGCCGCCCGCGGGGCCGCUCUGGAUCCUGGGCGACGUGUUCAUCGGCCGCUACUACACCGUGUUCGACCGCGACGAGAACCGCGUGGGCCUGGCCGAGGCCGCCAAGCUGUAG